AUCAACAUAAACCCUAGAAACUAGAAACAAAGAAAGAAAGAACGAAACCAAAACCUUCUCUAAUCUCGUUAUCUUCUUCUGCACCACAUUCCUCAAAUAUGGCCAAAAAGAAACUGUCCCACCAAUCCAAACACGAACAACAAGUUCCUCAACAACCACUCUCUAUGGAUGAUUCCACCGAGAAGCUUCAGAGCCUUAAGGACCUCAACUCCAUGCUUCUUAAAGAGACUGCACAUCGCAGACAACAGGUUCAGUCUCUUCUUGAAUCCAAGGAAGCUCUUCAAUCUGCGCUUAACCGUUCCUCAAUGCAGCAGAACGCCUUGCAUUCUCAACUCACCAUGGCCUCUGAUGACACCGUCCUUUCCGAGAUCCAAAACCUCGUUGCUUUUGUUCUCAUGGAGCAGCAGAUUCGGGAAUCCGGUCACCGCUUCGCUGCGUUGGUCGCCGAGAGGAACGAGAUUGACAAGCUCAAUGCCUGCCUUGAGGCUGAGAUGGAUCAGAUCAAGGCUGAUUUCGACGGUGUUGUCGCCGAUGCGAAUGCUUUGAAGGAGAAGCUUCUUGAGAGCGAGAACAAUGAGAGUAAGCUUAGGGAGGAGGUGAAGAAGCUGAAGCUGGAACAGGAGAAGAUGGUUGUUGAAGGGAACAAGAAAGAAAGAGAGUUUGGGAAGGUGGCGAAGGAGAGGGACUUGGCUCUGAGGAAGAAUGCCGAGUCAGAGAGAGUGAUUAGUGAGUUGAGGGGUGAGAUGAAUGCUGUUUUGAAGCUGAAGAAUGCGAAGGAGUCGAGAAUCAGUGAAGUGGAAGUGGAGAUGAAACAACUCAAGGAAUCAUUAUGCGGUUUUCACGAGGAAGAGGCAGUGAUGAGAGCUAAGAUUCUUGAAUUGGAAGGGAGUCUGGGACUGGCUGAGGAGAAGGAAGAGGCAAUGGAAAUGGAGAUUGGAGCAUUGGCGAAGCAGAAGGAGGAGAUAGAGGUGAAUGUUGAGAUGUUGAAAGAGGGAAGAGAUGGCCUUCAAAAGGCUCUGGAUAAGGUUCAGAGAGAAUUGGAGGAUAGGGGGCAUGAGAUUGAUAUGCUUGUUAGGGAGAAGAAUGAGAUUGAGAUGUUGAAAGUUGAGCGCGAGAGUGAAACUGUCGAGUUACAAAGAGAAGUGGAUGGAUUGAAAGAUGUUGUGCUUAGGUUGAAAGCAUCAUGCAGCGAUUUUGAAGAGAGAAACAAGCACUUGCUAUCUGAGGUGAAUCAUUACAAGGAUUCCAUUGAAGAGGUAAUGCUUGAGAGGGAUGAGGAGAAAAACAAAGUGAAGAGCUUGGCAUUGCAAGUUGAGGAAAUGGCAAGCGAGUUAAGCCAGAUGAUAAGUGAGAAAGAGAAGCUAGUUGAGAAGAACAAGAGAAUUGAAAGCCGCGUGGGUGUAUUGAUGAACGAAAUGGAUACAUUGCAGCAGAGCAUUGUGGAGGCAAGGCGAGUCUCUGAAGAUUUGAGAGCCAAGGUUGAGUUUUCCAACAACAAAUCAAACCAGGCACUUGCAUUGUUGAAGAGUACUGCUGCACUUGUGUGUCAGUACAAUGAGAGUGUAGCGGAAGUGCUAUCUAUUGAGCAGAAGGCUGACGUAGAAGAAGUGCAACCUUAUGUUGAACAACUGAAUGCAAUCAAGAAGGCAUUUAGGAGCAAGAACAAGAUGGUGGCUGAUUUGAAGCAGCAACUUGAGUUGAUGCAUUGCUCUGUGGUUUCAGCAAAUAAAAUGAAAAGCUUGUGGACAGUUGUAUCCUCUGCAACUACAAUUUUGGCUGCAGCAUUAGCUGCCUAUGUUGCCAAAGGCCACUGACUGGGUUUAGGGUAGUAACAAGUACUUGGGCACUCUUGAAUCAUAUAUAAUCCGUUAUUAGAAAGUCAUCGUUGCCCUUUUUAUUAGGUAAAAAACCUGAGCAAGUAUGUCAACUAAUUAGUACCAUGAAAUUAGCAUUAUGCUGUUGUAAUUUCUAAUUGCUUACCUUCCUUCAGUACACUUUUCAAUCUUUCUUUGAAUAAAAAAAACUGUCCCAAAAGCAGCAAGAAAACAGAACACAGUGUUAAUGAGGAAAAUAAUGAAUGAAUAUCCAUGGUUCCGACAGUUCCAU